AUGAGUACUCUGGUCCACAACACAGUCGAUAGGCUGGAUCGGCCUAGCGCCUAUUACCUGGCAAAGGUGCGCUUGCGAACUGCUUUUGGCAUUGAUCAUUUCCUAAUAAAGUCUUUUGAAUGGCAGAACAAGAAACGCAAGUACAGCCAGGAUGACUCUGAGAGGGCGGAGGACCCAGUCGACAAGUUGAAGGAUGCCACAACACUCUAUGUCGGAAACCUUUCUUUUUACACAACAGAGGAGCAAAUUCAUGAGCUUUUCUCAAAGUGCGGUGAAAUCAAGCGCCUUGUAAUGGGGCUGGAUCGAUACAACAAAACUCCCUGUGGCUUCUGCUUCGUGGAAUACUACACCCAUCAGGAUGCCUUGGACUGCUUAAAGUAUGUCGGAGGCACCAAGCUCGAUGAACGGAUUAUCCGUACAGAUCUUGACCCUGGCUUCGAGGAAGGACGUCAGUAUGGACGAGGAAAGUCUGGUGGGCAGGUGCGCGACGAAUACCGUGAAGAGUACGAUCCGGGCCGUGGUGGUUAUGGCCGGGCAUACGCAGAUGACCAGCGCAGGCGGGAAGAAGAAGAGUACGGCAAAGGUAAGUAA